AUGUACCCUUCACAGCAAUAUCCGGACGGAGUACCUGCAAACGCCUACGACCACCGACCCUCGGUACCUGGAGCGCCAUACCAGUAUCAAGCUGUGUCACCUGCAGAUGACUACCAGUAUCAACCACUACCGACGCAUGUGGCAGCUGGGGUCUUACCAAUGACAACAACGAAUGCCAUGACAAAUUCACAUCUGCCGCCUCCUGGCACGCCCCUGAAUCAACCUGUACGCCAUGUUCAACAGGGCGAUAUUAUAGUGAACGUACCUGCUAUUGAGGAUCAACAACAGAUUGUUCGAGGAACAAGCGUUAGGAUCAACAGUUCAAUAACCAGCCACGACCCUGCAACAGUCGUGACAGGGAUCUUCAAAGCAUAUGACCUGGAGAAGACCCUACCUGAUAACCAGUCGACGAAACAUACGGCGGAAGCACCGGUGCCGAAUAGCAACACUUCGGAGGCUGGGCAGAAACCUGAGGACCUGAGAGGAGCACCUGUGAAAAACUUCAACGGUGUGUGGUGUCUGGAGCCACCGCAGAAGGGAUACAACUUGAGGAGGUUGGAGGAAGCCGACUCAUGCUCCGAGUUUUAUGUCGCGGACGGAAAUGGGUAUACAGCCUGGAGGACCUACCUUCAAGAGUUAGGGAGUCCGGUGAAACAAUCGGGCUUGCAAGAGAAGGAACCUAAACAUGCAAAAGAGAGGAAUACUGGGCUCAGAUCGUCCAAUCAGUACGAUACCGAUAACCCGGCUCUACCACCUGCAAAGGCUCUGCAAAUGGAGAGGCCUGUAACCCUGUCUAUACCUGAAACUACCCAAUCGAGGGAGUAA